UGCAAAGAUGGAGGUGAAGUUAUCCGUGCAUUCUGCAGUCCUGUCCUUGUUCUUAAUAAUAUGUUCUCUGCAAGCUGCAUACUGUUGGCAUGAGUCUGACGAUAACAACAUCCAUUGCUGGGAUUUUGAUGGUAGCGGACCCAUUGCAUGUACAGGAUUGGAACCAAGAUGGAUUGAAGUCCCUGGCGAUGAAAUUCGUGCUCAACGAGACUUUAACACAACAUGCGAGCUGAUAGUCACGGAUGCCUUUUAUGAAUGGGCAUUUACUAUGGGCUACUUUGGUCAUCUUUCUUCUGUAACGUCUGCUGCAGAAGCUAAAACAUGGUGUGAAACCAAGGAAUGCCCAAGUAUGGCAAUGCAUGCUACCAAACACAACUGCUGCAUCUAUCAUGUCAAUAUGCAUUCGUGCGCGCUCGCGACUUCUCACAUGGGAUACUGCACGCCCUGGAUGCACAGCGGAGCAGGAAUGUUCGCGCAUUCUCAUGUGUUGUUCGGUAAGCCAGACCAAGGGAACUGGACGAGCUCCAUAGAUGGCAUGUUUGAAAUUGGUGCUACCUCAAUCAUUGCACAUUACAAGAUCGCGGGCGUGAAUAUGGCGAUUGAGAAGAGAAUAAAUGUGCUUCCAAGAAUAGUAUGUGGUGACGAUCUUUGCGAGAAAACAGACGGUGAUGACUCUGAAACAUGUGAGACUUGUCCAGCCGACUGUGGACGCUGUCCCCUGGAAGUCUGGGAGAUCGGCGCGAUUGGCGGUGCUUGUGGAUUUUUCCUUGCAUGCUUGGCGAGCAUUUAUUGUUACAUGCAAUGGCAGCGAAGAAAGUUACUGUGGAACGAAGACUGGAUCAUUUCACCGGAUAAGAUUGCCGAUGAUGAGGGUUUGCGUGGGGCUUUUGGCAGUAUGAUCGUGAGUAAUAUUGGACUACAAAACGUAGUAAGUCAGCAAGCCAGCAACAUCAAUGCCGGCCACAAACAAGUUUUCUGCAGAACAGCACUCUAUGAUGGCCUUUCUUGUGCAGUGAGAACAGUAACAAAACCAGAGUUCAGCCUCUCAAAACAAGUCAGGAUUCAAGUGAGAGCUGUCAGGGAGUGUGACCAUGUCAACUUGUGCAAGUUUGUCGGAGCGUGCAUCGAGGUUCCUCACAUGUGCGUGCUGAGCGAAUACUCAGCCAAGGGAAGCUUGAGCGACGUUCUUCUCAAUGACGAAAUUCCCCUUAACUGGGCCUUCAGGUUUUCUUUUGAGGGUGACAUUGCUGGCGGUAUGAAGUACCUUCACUCGCGUGGAAUUAUCCACGGACAUUUGAAGGCCAAUAACUGCGUUGUGGACGACAGAUGGACAAUCAAGAUUACUGACUAUGGCCUGGAAACUCUACGAGCCAAUGUCCUCUCCAACAGAGAACAAAUUGAGGAAGCAGAAUACCAACUAACCCGCUCAGCUGUGUAUGUCGCUCCAGAACUUUUCUCUGAGGAUGGAUUCAAGACUUCUGCUGAAGGCGAUGUUUACGCUUUUGCUAUUCUGAUGAUUGAAAUUGCACUGAGGAUGGACCCUUACGGAGAUGAAGAUGUAUUCAAUCUUAAGUUCCCAUGGCGACCUGCACUCCCAGAUUUUAACCCGGACUUGUGGGAAAAUAAAGAUGACCUUUGUCCGUGUCCAGAGGCAUACAAUGAACUGAUUGUACAGUGUUGGCAUGAGAAACCAUCUGAGCGCCUCACUUUUGAGAAAAUCAGGGCAGGGAUCCGCAAGAUAAACCCCAGCAAGCUGAGUGCCAUAGACCUGAUGAUGAAUAUGAUGGAGAAAUACUCCAAACAUCUCGAGGUGAUUGUGGCAGAAAGAAAGAUGGGAAUAGUGGCGGAGAAAGAGAAGACUGAAGUCCUACUGCACAAUAUUCUCCCAAAGCAAGUUGCUCAUUCCCUCCAGCACGGCAUCCCUGUUGAGCCAAAAUACCAUGACUGGUGUUCCAUAUACUUCAGUGACGUUGUUGGAUUCACGAAGCUGUCUGGGAAAAGUAAACCUAUCGAAGUCGUCCGUAUGCUAAACAAUUUGUACAUUGCAUUUGAUGAAGUCAUCGACAAUUAUGACGUCUAUAAGGUGGAAACAAUUGGAGAUGCUUACAUGGUGGUGUCAGGAAUCCCAGACUUCACAGAGCACCAUGCACGUGAGAUAGCCAACAUGUCGAUUGAUCUGGUGGUGGCUUGCCAGCAUUUUGUUAUUCCACAUCUGCCAGACGAACCCCUCAAGAUUAGAGUUGGGCUGCAUUCUGGUCCAGUUUGUGCCGGUGUUGUAGGAAUCAAGAUGCCGCGCUACUGUCUGUUCGGCAACACUGUCCAAAUUACUAGCAGCAUGGAGUCCAAUAGCAUAGAAUACAAAAUCCAAAUCAGCGAUGCCUGCUAUAAGUUCCUGGCUCCAUAUGGGCACUUUGACCUUGAGGAGAGAGGAAAAUUGACUGUCAUGGGCAAGGAAUGGACGACGUAUUGGCUACAUGGACGUUUGCCUGGCUACGAUCCAUUUGCGAGUUCAGAUUAAUGGGGAUGUGUAUUUGUGGACAAAUCAGUAGAAUAAAACAAUUAUCACUUGAAAAGAAAAUCUUACAGUUGUAAGAUAUCUCAUGUACAAUAAGAUGAAUUUUGAAUGUCUAGAGUGCGUACAUUUCUGGCAUCGCUUUUUAAGGGUUAUAUUUUAUAGGAAAAUGAUACCAAAAAAUAUUACAAACAAAAUUGCAUAUUGAUAAUUUUGUGUUCGAUGUUAGCUGAAAAACAACAACAAAUACUUCAACUACAAUAGCAAUCUAUAGGUCAUAUAUUUAACAUAUCAGCAAGCACAUGAUAACCUUUCAAAAAAUGCCUAAAAUUUGAGGGGUCACCACAGUGCAUCCGAUUCUACAGCAUUAUUGCCGAUGACUUGAUGAAUAUUUUGAUAACAAGCUUAAUUGUGAAUGAGAUACCUUAAAGAGUGAGUCUGUCGGCUCAGUAUCAUGUUUAGAAACAAAAUCAGACACCUUGAUCUGAUUUAAAGAACAAUAAUGAUAUUGUCAAAGACAUGUCAUUGAUAUAUACAUGUAUCUGUAAUGGUUUCUAGCGUUGAGCCCUCAAUUUGUGUAAUAUAGAGUUAUAGUUACAUGUUAAUAUUACAUUUCAUAAUGUUAAAUGUUAAACAUACUUAUUUGUGUUGUAAAAAAGUUCUAUUUGCGUGCUUGUAAUUGUGUUAAUAUAUACAUUAUCAAUGUAUAUGAAAAAGAAGUAUUGAUUGCCUUAGGUCUCUCAAUAGAGCCAAAAGUCAACUGAUUAAAAACUAUAUUUAAUCAAAUAGAAGAAAGAUGAAACAAUUUGUCAGCACAGCAUUUGUUUAAUUGCUUUGUAGGAGAUGGUAGUUCGUGGGAAAGCAAAUAUGCAAGUUUGUACAUCCAUUUAUUAGUCACUCUCAAUCAAGUUUGAAAGAUCCACUUCUCGUCACAGCUAAGACAAUAUAAAUUGAUGUUAGUCACUGGAUUCUCUUAAUUGUUGAAUGAUAAGUAAAAUGUAGAAUAUACCAUGUGAAAAGUGUUGACCUGAUAGGUGGAGGUUUUUAAAUGCCAAGGUCACUCCAAAUUGUAACAAGAUGGGCCAUGUAGUGUGGUUUCGUACUCUUCAUUAUCAU